CGGGAGGGUUGCGCAUCCUGAUCCUCCCCCCGCACCGUGGCGCAACGGAUGAGGUGCGAACCGUGAAACCUACGUUGAGGGGCAGUUUUGUGGCUCUUGGAGAAGAUUGGAGCGAUGAGGAUGAUCGAUCCUAUCGUGCCUACGUAAUAAAAUCACUUGCAUUUAUCGCCUUUGUUAGUAGCCACUUUGGAUAACGCGAAAGGAGACCACGCAUAUCGCACUUAAAUUUCAAAUGUCAAAAUGGCUACCGUAGUCAUUGUUCCGGGCUCGUUCUCGCCCUCCGAGCUCUAUAUCUUGCUGCAAGACCGCUUGGAGAGCCACGGAAUUCCCUCGGUCGUUGUCGACCUCCCGUCCGUCGGUCACCAUCAGGGGAAACGGGCAGCAACAAUGACAGACGAUGCCAAUGAAAUCUCACGGGUAGCGUCGGCACUACUCGAUGAUGGCAAAGAAGUCGUCUUGAUGGCGCAUUCGUAUGGCGGAAUCCCCGCGACGCAGAGUCUCGAGAAGCUGUCCCAUACUGCGCGAAGGGCGGCGGGUAAGGAUCGCGGGGUAAAGAAAGUCGUCUAUUUAGCGUCGGUCGUCAUCCCCGUCGGCACCUCCAACUGGGACACGUUCGGGGGCACUUUGCCGACCUUUGUGACCGCGAAUGAUGAUUAUAUGAGCAUAGAUCCGGUGGCCAACGCCCCCCAAACCUUUUCCGACCUUCCCGAAGAGGAGUCCCUGAAAUGGGGGAGGAUGCUAUCCCAGCAGUCUAUAGCGAGUUUUCAGGAGAAACUGAGCUAUCCCGGCUACAACGACGUCGAAGUUCACUACAUCGUGUGCGAAGACGACAAGAUUAUGCCGCCACCAUACCAGCACGCGAUGAUAGAAACAGUGAAAAAGUCAAGUGGUAGGGAACCGGUCUUACAUAUAAGCAAGAGUGGUCACGUCCCUGUCAUCAGUCAGCCUGACAGCACGGCGAAAAUUCUUAAGCACGUUAUUGAGAGUGCGUGAUUUCAGCGUUUCUGGGGUGUAGCCUCUGACACCGUGGUAUAGGGAACUGACGGUACGGAUAUACGCCGGGGGGGGGAUGUCUCCUGUUAUCGAGUUAGAGAACUCGUGAAAACCCUAAAUAUAAACCAACGGAUAACAGCUAUAUUAGCGCGUCAACCGAAGUUUCCCAACUAGCACUUAACACUAGCACACGCCAUAUAUAGGUAUGCAAGUCAGGAAGCUUUCACCUGUACAAUGACAGGUAUGUAGUAGACGAGAAAGGUGAAAUAAUGCCAGGAUGACGACCGAAAAGGCUUAGUGGAGAAGGCCAGCUCUUUGGUUCGAACAAUCAAGCCAGCCAUGAGACUUGAAGCUUGGCAGGGUUGCUUAUAAUAAAGCGAGGGAACCAGGUUAGAUCUUUGUGCGAAUAUCUAAGCACGGCUAGGCUAGAACGUAAUAAUAAAAUCCACUAGUAGUGC